AUUGGUCUUAAUGUUAGGUUAAGUUCUUACAUUCAGACCAACGUUCAGACUAAUAAUGUUGAACGAAUAAUGUUGACGAAGUUACUCAACCGGUGAGCCGCAGUCUGAACGCAGCCAUUCUCUCGGUCGUGUAGUCGUAGUUCCGCAUGCGCUGUUCGAACAUUGCGAUUGGCUUGUGUGAGUAGUGUAUCGUGAUCAUCGUGUGCGAAGAAACAGUCGCAUUAUUAUUGCGUCAUAAUUGUCAAUAAAUCGUGAACGAAACAAGGGUUGAAGGAGCAAGAUGUUAUUAGCGAGAGCCUGCCGAGCUGGCAUUAGCUCGCCGGCUCUGUCGUCCCUCAUCAGGACGCCAGUUGUACCGACAAGGCCACAAUUCUCCAAAGGUCAGAUCGCUAGAUUAUUCGUCAGCGAUGGACGCAGCUCAUACACGAGAACUGCAAGGAGGAGGGCCACCGCAGCGGAACAAGCGAUGGCUCCGGCUGGUGAAACUGCUUUUGACAUUGGAAAAGGAGCAGUCGCUGGAGGCGCUGUGCUGGGAUUGGGUGCACUAUGUUAUUAUGGAUUAGGUCUCUCUUCAACUACAGGUGCUAUAGAUCAUGCAAGCUUAUGGCCGCAAUACGUCAGAGAGAGAAUAAAGUCCACCUACACUUACUUUGGUACAUCAAUCGCAGUCAGUACGGCAUCUGCAGCAGUGUGUCUGUGUUCACCUGCGGUGAUGAACAUGGUAAUGCGUCAGGGAUGGGUCGCACUGGCUGUCUCGUUGGCCGCGAUGAUAAGCACCGGCAUGUUGGUACAAGGACUCCCGUAUGAGGAGGGUUUCGGCGCUAAGCAGAUGGCUUGGCUGGUACAUACCAGCGUGGUGGGUGCUGUACUGGCGCCGUUAUACCUCCUGGGUGGACCUCUGGUCCUGCGGGCAGCUUGGUGCACCGCUGGUGUUGUCGGUAGCUUGUCAGCAGUUGCCGUUUGCGCGCCCAGCGAUAAGUUCUUGAAAAUGGGCGGCCCGCUCGCUAUCGGUUUGGGUGUGGUGUUUGCCAGCUCUUUGGGCUCCGUGUUUCUACCGCCGACCACCAUUCUUGGGUCAGGAUUACACUCUAUAGCGCUUUACGGAGGUCUGCUGCUGUUCUCCGGCUUCCUGCUCUACGACACGCAGAGAAUCAUCCAGCAGGCGGAGACGUACAGCAUUUAUGGCAGACCGUAUGAUCCAAUUAAUAACGCAAUUUCGAUCUACCUGGACACGAUCAACAUCUUCGUACGGAUUCUGUCCAUACUGGCCGGCGGUGGUGGCAAUCGACGCAAGUAGAGGAAUAGUGCGGAAUUAUAUAGUAUUAUGAAAUCAACGUUUCUUACAAAUUCUAGCGUAUGUUUUAAUAUUUUUGUCAUAACUUUCGUCUUUAUUAAGGAUAAAUUGUACAGUUCUAACUUGCAAUAAACAACUGGGUUAUUUAAGUAA